AUGAUUGUGUCUAGCCUUAUCACAGAACUUGCUUCUGCAGCAGCUGCAGAAAAAGGAAUAGUAUUUGAAGAAGCUAUUGAGGAACGAUUAUGUGCUUAUGCACGUGCUGUUGCUCACUUCCCAACAGCUGUUAAGGCGUUUAAAUGGAGGAAUGGCUGGUUCUACUCUCUCUCCGAGAAGGCAGUUGCUGAAGAGAAACCUGAUCCUUGUCCUUGUCCCCUACCCACGGCGCGGCUUAAAGAGCUGAAUGUAGUGUAG